AUGACCACCGUCUCUCCCUUCGCUCGGAGCAGCGCCUUCGAGGAGCCAAGACUCAAUGGUAGAGAACAAACAAUUGAGGAGAUGUAUAGCGUGCCGGAAAGUUUCCUCGAGAUAGAGGUCAGAAAUCCACAGACACACGGCUUUGGAAGGAAGAUGUACACUGACUACGAGAUCGUGUGCAAGACCAACAUCCCUGCGUUCAAAUUGCGACACUCCCUCGUCCGCCGACGUUAUUCUGAUUUCGAAGCCUUCCGCGAUGUCCUCGAGCGCGAGUCAACGCGUGUCAACAUUCCUCCUCUCCCCGGCAAGGUCUUCACCAACCGCUUCUCGGAUGAGGUCAUAGAGGGCAGGCGGGAGGGCCUGGAGCGCUUUUUGAGCGUCGUUGCUGGACAUCCCCUUUUGCAGACAGGAAGCAAGGUCUUGUGUGCCUUUCUGCAAGAUCCCGCUUGGGAUAAAACCCAAUGGGCUUAA